CUCAUCCUUCCUUCCGCAGCCGACCCCGUGGUGCAGAUCGAGGGCAACCCCCACUGCUGCUUCUUCAACUUCAGCCCCAAGAUCAUGUUCACCAAAGUGGUGAAGGCGCAGCUGUGGGUGUACCUGCGCCCGGUGCAGCACACCUCCACCGUCUACCUGCAGAUCCUCCGCCUCAAGCCGGUGACGGAGGAAGGCAGCCGCCACAUCCGCAUCCGCUCGCUCAAAAUCGACCUCAACUCCCGCAUCGGGCACUGGCAGAGCAUCGACUUCAAGCACGUCUUGCAGAACUGGUUCAAGCAGCCGCAGAACAACUGGGGCAUCGAGAUCAACGCCUUCGACCCCAACGGCAACGACCUGGCCGUCACCUCGCUGGGACCCGGCGCUGAGGGGCUGCACCCCUUCAUGGAGCUGCGGGUGCUGGAGAACAACAAACGCUCGCGGAGGAACCUGGGCUUGGACUGCGACGAGCACUCCACCGAGUCGCGCUGCUGCCGCUACCCGCUCACCGUCGACUUCGAGGCCUUCGGCUGGGACUGGAUCAUCGCCCCCAAGAGGUACAAAGCCAACUACUGCUCGGGGCAGUGCGAGUACAUGUUCAUGCAGAAAUACCCGCACACCCACCUGGUGCAGCAAGCCAACCCGCGAGGCUCGGCCGGGCCGUGCUGCACUCCCACCAAGAUGUCCCCCAUCAACAUGCUCUAUUUCAACGACAAGCAGCAAAUCAUCUACGGCAAGAUCCCGGGCAUGGUGGUGGACCGCUGCGGCUGCUCGUAGAGCUGCACCUCCGCCCGACGGACGGACAGGACAGGACGGACGGACGGACGGACUUCCCUCUCCUCUUCGGCUUUUGGCUGGUUUUUUGUUUGUUUUUUUUUUAAUCGUUAUUUUAUU